AUGGGGCUGACGGAGAGCGGCCCGUCGGUGGCGGUGGUGGGAGUGACGGGCGCGGUGGGCCAGGAGUUUCUUCAGGUGCUCGCGCAGCGCGAUUUUCCGUACAGCUCGCUCAAGAUGCUCGCCAGCUCUCGAUCCGCCGGGAAGAAGUUCGACUUUGAUGGCCGCACGUACACGGUGGAGGAGCUCACGGAGGCGAGCUUCAAGGGCGUCGACAUUGCUCUCUUCAGCGCUGGCGGUUCCAUCAGCAAGAAGUUUGGGCCGGCGGCGGUGGCAGAGGGCACGAUCGUGGUGGACAACAGCUCCGCGUUCCGCAUGACCGAGGGCGUGCCGCUCGUCGUCCCCGAGGUGAACCCCGAGGCCAUGGCGCACAUCAAGCUGGGCGGCGGCGGCGCCAUCAUCGCGAAUCCCAACUGCUCCACCAUCAUCUGCCUCGUCGCCGUCACUCCCAUCCAUCGCCGCGCCAAGGUGAAGCGCAUGGUGGUCUCCACGUACCAGGCCGCCAGUGGCGCGGGCGCGGCCGCCAUGGCGGAGCUGGAGCUGCAGACCAAGGAGGUGCUGGAGGGCAAGCCACCCACCACCACCAUCUUUGGCCGCCAGUACGCGUUCAACCUGUUCUCGCACAACUCGCCCAUGACGGCCAAUGGGUACAACGAGGAGGAGAUGAAGAUGGUCAAGGAGACGCGCAAGAUCUGGAGCGACCCCUCAGUGGCAGUGACAGCAACGUGCAUCCGAGUGCCUGUGAUGCGCGCCCAUGCAGAGAGCAUCAACCUCACUCUCGAGGAGCCGCUGUCUGAGGUGGAGGCGAAGGAGGUUCUGAGCGGUGCAGAGGGGUUGUACCUCAUUGACGACCGCGACACCAACACCUUCCCCACGCCGCUUGAUGUGUCAAACAAGGAUGACGUGGCGGUGGGUCGCAUUCGGCAGGACAUCUCGCAACCUGACAACAAGGGCUUGGACCUGUUUGUGUGUGGCGACCAGAUCCGCAAGGGAGCGGCCCUCAACGCCGUGCAGAUCGCAGAGCUGCUCGUCAAGAAGGCCGGCGUUGCGUGA